UUGGAGGGACCAUUUCUUGGAAAGUUUAGACUGUGUUUGUGGUGUAGAGAAGGUGUACAAUAAUCCAAGGGUAUGACAUUCUCCAAUUGGUGUGAUGAUCAUACAACCUCACCCCACAUAUUUAUAACCCUUCCUAUGAUCUCUUGCCCAAAAAGCGCACACUCUGUUUCUUCUCUACUUGUUUCUUCUUCAUCAAUAUCCAUGGAAGCCUGUUUCGUCUCUGCUAAUUCCUUCACAGAAGCUAUUUCCCCUAUCAAUGGAAGAACUAGAAUCAGAAUUGGUCCUGCUAGGACAAGGUCUGGUCAAUGUCGAACAGGGAAAGCUGCUGCCCAAUUCUCUGUUUCAUGUUGCCAAACAGCCUCCGACUGGCGAGCAUUCCGAGCGCGACUGGUCGCCGGCGCAGAUCCGAUCGGCGACAAAUGGAUACACCCGAUCCACGACCCGGAAAAGGGAUGUCUACUAAUUGCGACGGAGAAGCUCGACGGAGUCCACAUCUUCGAAAGAACCGUGAUCCUCCUCCUCUCGACCGGUCCGAUCGGACCGACCGGUCUAAUUCUAAACCGGCCGUCGUUGAUGUCGAUAAAGGAAAUGCGUCCGGCGACUCUGGACGUUUCCUCCUCGUCGGAGAUAUUUUCCGACCGGGCCCUGUACUUCGGGGGCCCGUUGGAAGACGGGCUGUUCUUAGUGAGCCCUAAGGACGAAGAAAGCGCGGACAUGGUGGGUAAGAGCGGGGUGUUCGAGGAGGUAAUGAGAGGAGUGUACUAUGGGACGAAGGAGAGCGUGGGGUGUGCGGCGGAGAUGGUGAAGAGAGGGAUGGUUGGGGAUGGAGAUCUGAGAUUCUUCGAUGGGUACUGUGCGUGGGAGACGGAGCAGUUGAAGGGGGAGAUUCGGGCCGGGCUUUGGGCUUUGGCGGCUUCUGGUUCGGCCCUUGUGGGCCUCACUGAUGUGGGCCUUUGGGAGGAGGUUAUUGGGCUUAUGGGCCCAAGGAAAGUUUGGUGAUUGUUGGGCUUUUGGUUCUAAUGGGCUCUUGUUAAUACAAUUAUCAAAAGUACAAGGAAAAUUAACAUGUU